AGAAUAUCAACCCUGUCUCUUUGAAUGGGAUUUUUAUUGUCCUACUUGUCUUCUUGUAAUUUAUUACUUCCUAUUUUACUUCUUAACUUUCAUUAACCUGUCUGUCAAUUUCCUUCUCCCGUCAUACUUGUGCGCCAUAGCUCACAAAGCUAGCUCUCGUAUCACGGGCAAGCCAACUUUCGAUGCUAGCACGUCCUCAAAGAGGCCACCUCACCACUUAUUUUCAUCCUCUCCAGACCCUUCAACAUUACCCUUGAGCAUUUCUCUCGGCAAGUUCUACAGCAGUUCAAUUCUGCACAUACCGACCGAAAAUGGCGAGGUCCAGUUCGACCAAGCCGCCUACUUCGAAAGGCGGCACGUUUACACCACCCAGGUACAAAAACCAAGUCAGAAAGCGUCACGAUGAUUACACCUCGGACGGCGUCGAGGAUAAUGAUAUCUUCCUCCUGCCAAUUUCCGACUAUCAGAUCAUGGUCGUCUUGACCAUUCUUGGAGCUCUUGUGCGAUUGUUCCGCAUCUACCAACCCACCAGUGUCGUCUUUGACGAAGUCCAUUUCGGUGGUUUCGCGAGCAAAUAUAUCAAGGGUAAAUUCUUCAUGGAUGUCCAUCCACCCUUGGCCAAACUACUCAUCACACUCUUCGGCUGGCUCGCUGGUUUCAAUGGCAACUUUGACUUCAAAGAGAUUGGCAAGGAUUACCUGGAGCCGGGUGUUCCAUACGUGUCCAUGCGAUUGUUCCCGGCUAUCUGCGGUAUACUAUUGGUCCCAACUGUCUUUUUGACUUUAAAAGCUUCUGGUUGCCGUACUGCUACCGCUACUCUUGGAGCCGCUUUCAUUAUCUUCGAGAAUGGCCUACUUACUCAAGCCCGUCUAAUACUACUCGAUGCUCCUCUCGUUAUUGCAACCGCGUUCACGGCACUCGCCUUUACAUCUUUCACCAACCAGCAUGAGCAGGGCCCCACCAAGGCAUUUGAUGCUAGCUGGUGGUUUUGGCUCGCCAUGACCGGUCUAGGAAUGGGUGUUACCGUUAGCAUCAAAUGGGUUGGUUUGUUCACAAUCGCCUGGGUUGGUUCUUUGACUCUAGUCCAGCUGUGGGUACUACUGGGCGACACCAGGACUGUCACCAUGCGCAUCUUUGCGAAGCACUUUUUGGCCCGUGCUUUCUGCUUGAUCAUCGUCCCGAUUACCUUCUAUAUGGCUAUGUUUGCCAUCCACUUCGUCUGCUUGAAAAACCCGGGCGAUGGCGAUGGAUUCAUGAGCUCUGAAUUCCAGGCUACCUUGAAUAAUAAGGGUAUGCGAGAUAUGCCAGUCAAUGUUGCUUUCGGUAGCCGCGUCUCCAUCCGACACUGGAACACCCAGGGAGGUUACCUCCAUUCUCAUUCCCUAAUGUACCCGACGGGCAGCCAGCAACAACAAAUUACCCUCUAUCCUCAUAAAGACGAGAACAAUGUUUUCCUGUUCGAGAACCAGACUCAGCCGUUAGAUGCUAGCGGCGAGCCUAUCAAUGGUACACUAGCUUGGGACAAUGUGGCCAACAUAACCGAGAACUACAUCAAGGACGGUGACGUUAUCCGACUAUACCACAUUGCUACUCACCGCCGCCUUCAUUCUCACGACGUUCGGCCACCAGUCAGUGAGGCCGAAUGGCAAAAUGAAGUAUCCGCCUAUGGAUAUGAAGGAUUUCCCGGUGAUGCCAAUGACUUGUUCCGCAUAGAAAUUGUCAAGAAGCAAUCCCGCGGUGCCAUCGCCAAGGAACGGCUUCGUACCAUCCAAACCAAGUUUCGGCUAAUUCACGUCAUGACUGGCUGCGCGCUCUUCUCUCAUAAGGUCAAGUUGCCUGACUGGGCAUCUGAGCAGCAGGAAGUUACGUGCGCGAAGGGCGGUACUCUUCCCAACAGCAUAUGGUUCGUUGAAACUAACGAGCACCCGCAACUUGGUCCCGAUGCUGAGAAAGCCAACUAUGUCACCCCUGGAUUCUUCGGUAAAUUCUGGGAGUUGCAAAAGGUGAUGUGGAGAACAAAUGCCGGUCUGGUCGAGUCCCACGCCUGGGACUCUCGUCCAGAAUCAUGGCCAAUUCUCCGUCGUGGUAUCAAUUUCUGGGGCAGAGAUUACCGUCAGAUCUACUUGAUCGGCAACCCCAUGAUUUGGUACACGUCGAGUCUUGCCAUCGUCGUUUAUAUCGUGUUCAAGGGUAUUGCCAUUCUUCGAUGGCAGCGUAGCUGCAACGACUACUCUAACGCUACCUUCAAGCGAUUCGACUACGAGAUCGGGACUUCAGUUCUUGGGUGGGCUCUGCACUACUUUCCAUUUUUCUUGAUGCAGCGUCAGCUCUUCCUUCACCAUUACUUCCCUGCAUUAGUUUUUGCCAUCAUGGCCUUCUGCCAGAUUUACGACUUUACAACUGCUCGAUUUUCGGUUCCUGGUAUCAGAGCGAAUCCCAUCAUCAAUAAGGUCGGUGUCAUUGCGCUCUUGGCCAUCGCUGGAGUCGUAUUCGCCCUCUACUCUCCCCUCGCAUACGGCAAUCCCUGGACCAAGACCGAAUGCAGACGCAUGAAACUUUUCGACACUUGGGAUUGGGAGUGCAAUAACUUCUUGGAUAGUUAUGAUGCAUAUUCAAGCCUUGGUUCUGUCCCAAGUGUUUCUCAGACGGCCCAACAACCUGCUGUAGGAAAUGUGCAGCCGCCAGCUCAGCAACCUGUGGCCGGCGGUGUUCAAGAAGGCAUCUCGGGUGCACCGAAAUUCGAGCCCGAGGGUCAAAAAGUAGUUGGCCGAGAGGAGCGAGUCGAGUAUCGCGACCAGGAUGGUAACAUCCUUAACGAGGAGCAGGUGAAAGCACUAGAGGGCAAGGUGGAGUUCAAGACUAAGUACGAAACAAGAACGCGCGUUGUGGACGGCAACGGCAAUGAAGUAGAGGUGCCAGUAGAUGAGUUAGCGGGCGUUGGCGUGGCACCGCCACAUCCCGACGUCCAAGGUGCUGACCAGGAGACCAAGCAGCUAGUCAACGACGAUGCCAUCCCUAAGGAGGCAUCGUCGAGCAAGGAUGGCGAGAAAGAAGCCGAAAACUCGGUUCCUAAGCCCGCCAGUGAGGGCAAUGAGGCGACCGUCUAAUUAGCAGUCUGACUACCUCGGUCUGUCGGUCAACCCAUCCCUUAGCUUAAUCAUGCCCAAGUCUCGUUACAAAACCACCAAAGAGAAAAUCCCCACUAGUAUUGAUUCUUCUGAGAUUCUUCUACGCGUCAAAGCAUCUAACUUAGGGAGUUGGAUGACAUCGUUGUCAGCUAGGCUCAUGUUGUAUUACCACCAUACUAAUGAAGAUGACGGACGAUGAAAAGGAAGUUGGGGAAGGCGGAAUGCGAACCAAAAGAAUUUUGAGGACAUUGAUGUGGUUGUCCUACGAGGACAACUUAAGCUAUCUCAGUUUACCUGCUGAUCGCAGACUGUUUCCUUUAUAAUCUAAAGAUUCCACUAUGCCUAUUGUCUCUUGAAUUGCAUAUCUGCCCAGUAUGUUUCUACUUUAGUAUCGCCUUGAAGAUUCGUAA